AUGACACGUUCAGAAAGAGAACAUCAAGCAAAACGCAUCGUACAACACUAUGUGAACGUUGCCAAUCGUCAAAAAAAAGUUACUGUAAAUCACUUUUUACAAGAACAAAUACCACGUCCAACUAUAUAUUCAAUCAUCAAAAAGUUUGAAGAAUUCGGUGUUGUCGGCGACAAAUCCAGAUCUGGUCGUCCUAGUAAAUUAUCUAAACGAAAAUUAACUCGACUAAAACGCUUGACUGAUCAGAAGACUGGUAUUUCGUUACGUCAAAUUGCUCCAAAAUUUGAUAUCAAUAUAUCAACACUUAGUCGUCAUUUAACAGCUAUGGGUAUAACAUAUCGAAAAAAAAAACGGGCGCCCAAAUACACCGACAAGCAACUCGAAGAAGUUCCAACACGUGCUCGACGAUUAUAUAGAACAUUGUUAAAUGGUAAUUUUGAAUUGGUGAUGGACGACGAAAAAUAUUUUUUAUUACAUAAUGAAUCAAUACCUGCUAAUCGUGGUUUUUAUACAUCUGAUCCAAGUGCAGCACAACCAGAAGUAAAAUUCAAACGUACACAGAAAUUCGAACUAAAAAUUUUAGUCUGGAUUGCUAUAUCCGAAAAAGGUAUCUCAACACCAUUCUUCUCCAAACAACAACAAGCUGUUACUCAAAAGACAUACUUAAAUGAAUGUACUAAAGCCCGUUUAGUGCCAUUUAUCGAAAAAUAUCAUAAUAAGAAGAAAGUAUUAUUUUGGCCUGAUUUGGCUAGAAGUCAUUAUGGUCUUAAAGUAAUCGAAUAUUUGGACGAAAAUAGUAUACAUUUUGUACCUCAACAAAAGAAUCCACAGAACUGUCCUCAAGCUCGACCUAUUGAAACACUCUGGUCAAUUCUUGAACAAAUGGUAUAUGCCGGUGGUUGGCAAGCAAAAAACAUCAAUGCAUUAAGAAGAAGAAUUUCGAAAAAAAUAAAUGAACUUGAUAUUAAAGUUGUACAGACUAUGUUUUCGGAUAUACGAAUACAACUUCGUCGAAUUGCUGAUAAUGGACCUUAUGGAGCUUGUUCUUUCUGA